AGAGGAGAACGAGAACCGAGAGCAGAGAUGAAGGAAAGGAGGCGAUGAAGGAAAGGAGAGGAGUGGAGUGUGUGUGUCGGAGCGGCGGAGUGUGUGCGCUGCGAGCUCUGUGAUUGGCCGAUGGGGGUUAGAUGCACCAGCAGAGGAGGAGGCUGCAGAGAGGAGCUACAAAGAGCGAGAGGAUCCAGAGGUGUGUGCAGCAGCAGCAGAAAGCCAGGAGGAGGAGGAGGAGGAGGAGGAGGAGGAGGAAACCCGAUCUGCCUCUCUGUGUGGAAUUAGCCUCUAGCUUAGCCCGGCCCGGUUCGGCCCGGUUUGGCACCAGGGAUGGAGCGGUUCCUGGCCCUGCUGCGACUGCUGAGCAGGAGAAGGCGAGGGAGGAGGUACCGGGCGGACGACGAUUACCAGGAAGGAUACGAAGACGUGUACUACUACACCAGCAAGUACAACACACACCUACUGAAUGAGGGGCCGUACACAAAACACUCUGCCGGGUCGCGACCUCCAGAUGGAGCGCUGGCCAUCAGGAGGCAGAGUAUACCAGAUGAAUUUCGGGGCUGUUCGGUGGUGGAGCUGAUGAAGAAGGAGGGGACCACGCUCGGACUGACGGUGUCGGGUGGAAUCGACAAGGAUGGGAAGCCUCGGGUUUCAAACUUGCGACAGGGAGGCAUCGCUGCCAGGAGCGACCAGCUGAACGUGGGCGACUAUAUCCGCUCCGUCAACGGCAUCAACCUGGCCAAGUUCAGACACGAUGAGAUCAUCAGUCUGCUGAAGAACGUCGGCGAGCGAGUCGUCCUGGAGGUCGAGUACGAGCUGCCACCCGUCUCCGUUCAGGGUUCAGGUGUGAUGUUCAAGAACAUCGAGGUGACGCUUCACAAAGAAGGAAACAGCUUCGGCUUCGUCAUCAGAGGCGGAGCCCAUGAAGACCGGAACAAGUCUCGUCCCAUCGUUGUGACAACCAUCCGACCUGGCGGUCCGGCCGACCGGGAAGGAACUGUGAAGCCGGGCGAUCGGUUGCUAAGCAUCGAUGGGAUCCGUCUCCAUGGCAGCACGCUGUCUGAAGCCAUGAGUAUCCUGAAGCAAUGCGGACAGGAAGCGACGCUGCUGAUCGAGUACGACGUCUCCGUCAUGGAUUCGGUUGCCACGGCGUCAGGACCGUUGCUGGUAGAGGUUGCCAAGGCAACCGGCUCCAGUCUGGGCGUGGCUUUGUCCACCUCCAUGUUCUGCAGCAAGCAGGUCAUCAUCAUCGACAAAGUGAAACCGGCCAGCAUAGCCGACAGAUGUGGUGCUCUCCAUGCAGGAGAUCACAUCCUGUCUGUUGAUGGGAAGUCGAUGGAGUUCUGUUCUCUGGCUGAAGCCACUCAGCUGCUCUCAGCUUCCUGUCAGACCGUCCGCAUGGAGAUCCUGCCUCAGCACCAGGCCCGACCGGCCCUGAACGCACCACAGCACGUCAAGGUGCAGCGUAGUCCCCGCCCCCUCCCCUGGGAAACUGGAGGCUCCGCCCCCAUCCUCCCCCCCUACCACUACAACACCUACCACCCCGACCAAUCAGGCGCCAGAUCGCACAACCGCCAUACGAACAACCCUCCUCUCAGCCACUCGUUCUCUCCCGGCUCCAUGUCGGCCUACAGCCUGUCGUCUCUGAACAUGAACACUCUGCCCCGGAACCUGUAUCCUACCAGUCCUAGAGGGACGCUGAUGAGGAGGAAGACCAAGAAGAAGGACUUCAAGAGCUCCUUGUCUCUGGCCUCCAGCACCGUCGGUCUCGCCGGUCAGGUCGUUCACACGGAAACCACGGAGGUGACGUUGCUAGGAGACGGCAUCAUGGGGUUCGGCCUGCAGCUGCAGGGCGGAGUCUUCGCCACGGAAACGCUGUCGUCGCCGCCGCUCAUCGCCUACAUCGACCCUGACAGCCCAGCAGAGAGAUGUGGAAUCCUGCAGAUCGGCGACAGGAUUUUAUCCAUCAACGGCGUCCCGACCGAAGACUCGACUCUGGAGGAAACAAACCAGAUGCUCAGAGACUCGUCCAUCACGGCUCAACUCACGCUGGAGAUCGAGUUCGACGUCGCCGAGUCGGUUAUUCCCAGUUCAGGAACGUUUCACGUCAAGCUCCCGAAGAAACCAGGAGUGGAGCUGGGAAUCACCAUCAGCUCUCCGUCCAACAGGAAACCAGGAGAUCCUCUGAUCAUCUCCGACAUCAAGAAGGGCAGCGUGGCUCACAGGACGGGAACGUUGGAGCUCGGAGACAAGCUGCUGGCCAUCGAUAACAUCCGAGUGGAGAACUGUUCCAUGGAGGAAGCCGUUCAGAUCCUCCAGCAGUGUGAGGAACUCGUCAAGCUGAAGAUCCGCAAAGAUGAAGACAACUCAGAUGAACAGGAAGUGUCCGGCAGCAUCAUCUACACGGUGGAGCUUCAGAGGUACGGAGGUCCACUGGGAAUCACCAUCUCCGGCACCGAGGAACCCUUCGACCCCAUCAUCAUCUCCUCACUGAGCAAAGGCGGCCUGGCUGAGAGGACGGGAGCGAUCCACGUCGGAGAUCGAAUUCUGGCCAUAAACAGCAGCAGCCUGAAGGGAAAACCUCUGAGCGAAGCCAUCAGUUUGUUACAGCAGGCAGGAGAGACGGUGACGCUGAAGAUCAAGAAGCAGGGAGAACUCUCCAGUCCUAAGUCUUGUGUCAUCGGUCCUGGACUUGGACCCGGUUUGGUUUUGAACCCCGACAACCCGGACGGAGAGGAGGAGCCUGUUGUCAUGGUAGCGCCACCGACCAAUCAGAGAGCGUUCAGCACGCUGCCGUCGGUCGACAGCGCCGUGGAAUCCUGGGACGGAUCCAACAUGGACGGCAGCUUCACCACCCCGGCUCCUCCGUUUCAGUCGUCUCCGUACAGUUUCCACGAGUGGCGCAACGCCAAGACAACCAACAGCCAAUCAUCUUCCUCCACCCGCCAGAGAGCCAAUCCGCUGUCAGAUCUGGGUCUGAGUGACGACGACUGGGACCGCCCCCCGCUGGGAGGAGGCUGUAAUCUGCCCAGCGGUCUAAUCUCUGACAGCAGGUUCACCGUCGGUCAUGACGGGACAGAACCAGACCAGGAGGAGAACUUCUGGUCUCAGGCACUGGAGGAUCUGGAAACCUGCGGUCAGAGCGGCAUCCUCAGAGAGCUGGAGGAGUCUGGAAAGGAGACGCACCUCCUCGCUCUGGCGACCAUUAUGUCGGGCUCCACCCUCAGUCUGAACCACGACCCCACCCCUCUACGCAGCACGCUGGGACGCCAGGCCAGUUUCCAGGAGCGCAGCAGCUCCAGACCACAGGUGACGCCCCGUUCCAACACCCUGCCCUCUGACCCUCAGCGCCGAGCCUUCGCCAUGAGGAAGAUGAGGCAGGAAGUCAAUGAGAUCCUGAACCAGAACCCUGUGGAACUCCACAAGCUCACUCUGGAGAAGGCCACAGACCUGGAGGAUUUUGGGUUCAGUGUUUCUGAUGGUUUGUUGGACCGCGGUGUCUAUGUGAAUAACAUCCGACCGGGAGGCCCGGCGGAGCGUGGCGGCCUUCGAGCUUACGACCGAAUACUACAGAUUAACCAUGUACGAACCAGAGACUUCGACUGCUGCCUCGUCGUUCCUCUCAUUGCAGAAUCUCCGAACCACUUGGAGCUCGUCAUCAGCCGAAACCCCUCCUCCUCCUCCACCGUGAUGGCCAAUCACACCGACGGCACCACCAACAGCAGCCACUGCCCUCAGCCAAUCGGCAGCGACCUGGGGCCCGCGGAGCUGUCCAUUGGCCAGGGAGAGGAUGGUGGUCCAAUGAAAUGGAGCCAACCAGGAGACGGGUUGGGGGCGGGGCUUGGGGUUGGGCAGGUUAAUAAUAAUUCCUUAUAGCAGAUAAAAACUGGAUCAAACUGGAUUCAGCCGGUUCUGACCAGACUGGACUGGAGCGGUCAGUAAGGACAACAAACUGGUUUAGAGCAGUUUAAACUGGUUCAUGGUGCUACACACACCCUCUGGAUGAACUUCAACCUUUGACCACUAAAGUUUGACCCUUGAACUGCUGAAGCAGCCUGAAAGCACACUGAUGGACUGGAGAAACUCCUCACCUUAUCACCUGAACCAGUUCUGCAUACUGGUUUUACUGGUGUCACUGGAAUCAGAAUUAUAAAUACUGAUCCUACUGGAACCACGGCGGAGGCUACUGGCCGAGCUGGUCCAAGAUUCAUAGAAGCCAUGGCUACUGGUUCUACUGAUGCCACAACCACAGCCAGUGGUUUUACUGGUCUCCAAGCCUAGGAUGGCCUUCUGGUCCCACUGAAGCCAGAGCCACACCCAAUGGUCUUACUGUCCUGGGAUCAAUGGUUACUAGUUCUAGAAGCUUAGAACAAUGGCUACUUGUCCUACUCAAGCCAGAGCCGCAACCAUUAAUCUUAGUAGGCCAGGAUACGUGGGUUCUGGUCUUGGUGGAAACAGAAUUAUGGUUCCUGGUUCCACCCAAGUCAGAGCCACAACCCCUGGUCUUACCUAGACCCAUGACAUGUGGGUUUUGGUUGAUGGUGUCAGGGUUUCAGAACCUUGGGUACUGGUCCUACUGAAGCCAGAGCCAAAACCAGUGGUCCUAUAGCUCCAAGACACAUUGGUACUGGUCUUAGUGGUGGCAGGACCAUGACUGCUGUUUCUACUGAAGCCAGACUCACUACUAGUGGUCUUACUGGUCCAAGGCCUGGUUCUUGUUUGUGGUCUUGUCAGACCCAUGGCCACUGCUUCUAGGAACCUAGAACCAUAACUAUGGCUCCUGGCUCUACUGGGCAAGAACCACAGCAGCACAAGGACAGAUGGGACUCGAGUCCAGAAUCCAGAACCUGCUGAUGGACAGAAAGGUUGCCAGGGAGACUAGGGAUGUUCCGAUCAGAGUGUCCAGGUCUGAUGUUAUUGGGAUUACCAGAAAUCCACCACCUUGAUUCAAGUCUUACUCUUGGUAUCCUGCAAGCUAGAAUCACUGGUCCAGAUGUUAGGAUAUCAGACUCCUCUUCAAAAAUUACAAAUGACUAUUCCUCAACUAAUUAAUCAUUUGACAAUAGAGGCCAGGGUAUCAGUGAGGUUUAACUGCAUCAAAUAGUUAUGCCUGAUGUUGGAAAGCUGAUGGAAAAGAUGUCUCAGAUACUGUUAGGAUACUGAUGCUUUGACGUUAUCACACAUAAAACUGGGGAGAAGCUGAUGUACCCUGACUGGACCUGAAGGUUUAGAUGUGAGAUUAAGCACGAGUCUUGAAAGGAUUGGUUGAAAGUACACAGUUGGAUGCGGUGUAGUUAAAGAUCAUAAAUGGUUGUGGUUUGGUAAGUUUGUAAGGAAGGUUGAAGGCAACACCAUGAUGCAGCUUCUCAAAUUAGAUACUCAACAUACCAGAUGAUCCUGCACAAUUACAGAACUCCAAAUUAUAAUUUUAAAAAGUCAGUAAGUAAAGAAUUAGUAAAGAACUCCAAACUUCUCAGACUAGUCCCAUUGGUAUUCCAGAGAUCCUACAUUCAGAGCCCUACUGUGGACUGGACCAUUGCCUGUAGUCCUUGUUCAUGAUGGGCAGACAAAAUCAAGGCACUCAAACUUAGUUGUCUAAGAAGAAUAACUUAUAAAGGUACGCCUUUGUAAACCUUUAUUGAGCACAUUAUUACCUGGAAGCUAUAGAAUUAGGGAAGUGUGGUGCUUUGGCUAGAGUCUAUUUUUAAGACAACCCUGAAUUUACAUACAGACACUACUAGACAUGUUGAAACUUCAACAUACAAACCAUCACUGCUACACAGAUGCAGAAAUGCUAAAGACAGAUUUAAACCUGAAAGCAACAUUCUUUUGUUUAGAUGCAACAAACUGACCUGAAUCAUCAGUUCUUGACCUUCCAUCCUCAUCGUCUGUUUAGGGGGCAUUUCCAUUAACUGAAAUUCUAAAACAUAGAUUAACCCCCAAAAAGUCUCUGCUUGAGGGUGUUUCUGAAAGUCCUGGAACUUUUGGGAAAGUCUUGAAGUGCUGAAUGCACAAAAACUAUGCAGUUCAUUUGUUGUGCUUCAACAGGGAGCUACAAAAGACAUUUGAUGGGAGUUUGCGAUGCCAACCAUAAAAACUUGUUAACAUGUUAAAACAUGUUACACAGUCAAACAACCUAAUAUUUCACCUUUUGAAACUAAUUAGCCUAACAUUUAUUAAGACACCUGAGGUAAUCUCUAUGUCUUUGGUAGAGCCACAGUUUAAUACCUGUUGUGGUUCCUGAGGGUCAGGAGUUCUUCUUGGAUGCUUCCCACCACAAGGUCUGUUCAGUAGAAGUUAUGGAGCUACGACGUUUAUGCUGUUUUUCUCUACUGUUGAAUUUUAUCGACACAAAAUCAAGUAAUAUCCAGUAAUUAUCAGCUGAUAUCGAUCGGAGCAUCCCUGACUAAAAGGACACAAAGACGGAGGGUUUACUGUGGACAUUUUAGUUCUGUGCCAUGACCGAGCUGCACACUGGAAGAGUAAUAAUGUUGAUGAUGAUGAUGAUGAUGUUGAUGAUGAUGAUGAUGACACUGAGCAGUUCAAUAAGAAUCUUUUUCUACUGUUUACACCUGUUGGACUGGCCACACUGUGUAUGUAUGUGUGUGUGUCUGUGUGUGUGUGUAUGUUGUGUGUGUUUAAACACAAGGCCAGUUAAGCCCCACCCACCUCAACGCCACGCCCCCUUCUUCUUCCCUCAACCAAUGAGGCAGCUGGGAUGACAAACAGAUUCUGAGAGAUUCAGCUGAUUGGCUGGAACCAAUCAGAAAACAAACAUUUCCCUGCCUGUCUGUGAUUGGUUCGACUCAACCAAUCAGCUCCCAGGAAGAAGCUAAGCAUGCCCCCCCCCUCUCCUUCCUCCUCCCAGUAACAGUGAUCUAUUAUGCUAAUCGAUCGGUGUGUUUUUUGAUUGACUGUUGUCAGUUCUCUGUUUGUUUGUUUGUUUCCAUGGCGACUGAACCUGAAAAGAUGUAAAAUAGAUUAAAAAAUGGUUCGGUCCCGUCGCUGUUCACAUCGAAAUCAUCGGACCCCAAAAACCUUCACCUCAUAACCACAAAAACGACGUUACACGAGAAAAAAAAUCCUGUUGAAGCAGGAAAAACCUGUGACAGUAAAUACCUGUGUGUGUGUGUGUGUGUGUGUGUGUGUGUGUGUGUGUGUGUGUGUGUGUGUGUGUGUGUGUGUGUGUGUGUGUGUGUGUGUGUGCGCGCGCGCGCGCGCGUGUGUGUACAUGUGUUUAUUUUAGAGUGAUGUCAACAUGUUCCUACUCUCACCUCAGUCUGAACUCACUAUUUAAACUGGCCAAUCAGAACCCUCCCUCAGCACCACUGACCAAUAGAAACCUGUCUGAGCCAAACCAAACUGCUGCUCUGCCUGAGGGAAGCUGUGAUUGGCUGACAGAAGCAGAUGUGAUUGGCUGUUUCUGUGUGGAUAGCUGUGAUUGGCUGUUCUACUCUGACAAUUGUGAAGUGUUGGAUUUCCAGCACAUUGCUAGCGUGUAGUUACCGUGUGGCUAACACAGUCUUAACAUGGGCUAGCAUAACCAUAACAUGUGGCUAUACACAUAGCACGAGGCUAAUAGGAGCUAUGUUUACCACCUACCAAACAUGUUUACCAUCUAGUAAACAUAAAGUGUUUCAUUAGCACACGGAUAGCACAGCUAAUAUGUGGUUAGCCCACAGCUAACGCAAGGCUGACGUCUAGCCAACAUAUUAUAUGUUAGCACAUGGCUAGCACAGAGCCAACACAGCCAGUGUGUGUUUAGCACAGACCUUGCACAAGAUUAACACAGGGCUAACAUAUGCUAAACAGUACAAAUGGCUAGCACAGAGCUAGUACCUUGGCUAACACACAGCUACAGCCAGUAGAAUUAGCUAGUAUUCACACCUAAUUAAACUCAGGUGGUAGAAGACGGCUAGUUCAGUGCCAACGCCUUUAAUGUGAGGUUAAGUCACACCUCCAAUUCAGGGCUAACACAUGUAUCUGGUUAGCACACAGCUAACAUUGGACUGACAUCUAAUAAACAUUGCUAUUAGGUAUUUAGCAUACAGCUAAAGUAGGUCUAACACUUAUCUCAGAAAACUAUAACAAGACUAACACAGCUAGCCUGUCUAGCAUGCCGCUAAACCAAGACUAACACUUGAAUAAUGUGGCUAGUACAUGGCAAUCAUAGAUUUGGAACAAGGCAAAGACAAGGUUAACCUGUUAAACUAAAUACGUGGCUAGCACACUGCUAACAUCUGUUCUUUAGCUAGCAAAGCUAGGUGGUACCAUGGAGCUAAUGGGGUCCUUAUAUGGUUAACAAAACAAAGUUAACAGAGGACUAACAUAUAGUAAACAUAGCUAAGAUUUGGUAAACAUCUGGCUAAUGAGGCUUAGUGUUAACAUGGCCUAAAAGGUAACACUUGAAUGAUUUCUGGUACACAGAAGCACAGACUUGUAGAAAAAUGAUAAAUAUUUGGUUAGCACACUGUUAGCUCAGAUCUGACACCUAGUGAGCAAAGCUGUGUGUUACAAUGGGGCUAAUAUAUGGUUAGCGCAAUCUAAAAUAUAGAUAAGACAGGACUAACAUAUGCUAAACAUAGAUAAUUUUGGAAAAUAUUUAGUUUCCACAACCUGCUUUUAGCACAGGGCUAACACAGCUAGCCUAUGUAGCACACUAACAUGAGGCUAACACUUGGAUCAUGUAGCUAGUACAUGACAAGCACAGACUUGGAACAAGUUAAAGAGACCAGGCUAGCAAGUGACAAGCAUUUUUAGCACAUUGCUAACAUGGGACUGACCACUACAUAACAAAGCUAGAUGUAAACACUGGGCUAAAGUGGCGAGCAUAAAUUAACGCAGACCUACAACAAAGAUAACACAGGAUGAACAUAUCGUAAACAAAGCCAUUAUUCGGUUUAGCUCGCAGAAAAAAACGGAGCUACCACUAGUUUCUGACUAGCACACAGCUAUCACAGGGCUAACACAGCUGGUAGCCACUUAGCAUGCGGCUAACACAGGGCUAAAACAGCUAGUGUUCAGUUAGCACCUCAUACAGGCAACUACAGCUUGACGAAACAGAAUUUCGGCAGGUAAUUAGCUCUGCUAGCAGAGACAAACUGCUCCACAAAUGGGAACGAGCUACAGAGCUGAGGGGCGGGGCUUCAGGAGGGUUUGAAGAGUGAGAUCUAAAGCCAUACACACUGUGUUUGUGCGCAUGUAUGAACAGUGUGUGUGUGUUAGAGUGUGCGUUUGUAAGUGUGCGCGUGUGUGUGUGUGUGUAAAACAUAGCAAGGAUUUGCACUCUAGUGAUUCACCUCAACAUGACAUCCACACCCACACACACACACACACACACACACACACACACAUGCAUUGCACUGCCAUUUGAAAUAGUGGGUCAGAUUAGUUUCCAUGUAGCUUCACCAACCAACCAAACUGUAUUUUUCUUUAAAGGAACAGGGAUGUUGUAAAGUAUUUUUGUACAAAUUUAAUACUUUGGUAGCAUGACGUUCCUGGUGUUUGUCCUGUCGGGCUCCACUGCUCCUCCACCCCCCUUUGUAUGGACGACUACUGAGCAACAAUAAAGAUGAAGACCUGCUGGGA